UUGGAGGCGCCGUCCCCCUCCGCGCCCUGCGCGGGUCAUGUGAGCGAGACGCGCUCCGGGCUUGGGGCGGAGAAGGAGGCGACGAGGUGCGGGAUCCCGGACGGCUGGAAGGCGGGGGGCGGGGAUGGAGGCCACCUUGGAGCAGCACUUGGAGGAUACAAUGAAGAAUCCAUCCAUUGUUGGAGUCCUGUGCACAGAUUCACAAGGACUUAACCUGGGCUGCCGUGGGACCCUGUCAGAUGAGCAUGCUGGGGUGAUAUCUGUCCUAGCCCAGCAAGCAGCUAAGCUGACCUCAGACCCCACUGAUAUUCCUGUGGUGUGUCUAGAAUCAGAUAAUGGGAACAUUAUGAUCCAGAAGCAUGACGGCAUCACAGUGGCGGUGCACAAGAUGGCCUCUUGACGGCUCCUGUCAGCUCUCCGGCAGCCUGUACUAGCGGCCCGAGCCUAGCAGUGCAAAGUAUCUUGAAGAACUAUGAAAGUCCCAGUAGUUAGGCCAUUUAGUGUGCACUGGGCACUUUUCUGUUAAUUUUAGAGGAAACUGCUUUUUGACACUCAGUGGACUGACCUAAUUAGUAAGAAAGGAUCAUGUUUUGAAGUCCAGGUCACUUUGUACAUAGAAUUUUCUUACGUUCAAUAAAUCUGGUCAGAGAAAA